AUGAAGUCAAAACAUUCGAGAAAUAUUCGACAUAACGAUGUCUAUUCUCAAUCAAAUAUAUUCUUAUCUAUGAGCGGGCUGCAACAGGGAAUCCGAUGCGGUUACCGAAGGCGAGAUGUAGUAGCGGGGGGCGGUCGUAUCGCGAUUGCAUCGGAGAGCAAACAAGCGGGCGGGGUGUCGCCGGGGCCGCUCAAAUCAUAUUACCCCCAUCUCACACCCGGGCCGUGCCACACACGUCAUUUGAGUGUGCGUCGCUAUGGCGACGGCCCGGGUCGUGCAUGA